UCCUUCAAUCAAACUGCGCUUUGAUUCACCGGCCGAAGAGCACAGCAGCGGCAGUCUGAUCCAGCUCAAACUUCAGCUGUGUUGUGGAGCUUGAAAGCAUGGAGAAAGGACGCAGCACCCCGAGACUGUACGGAUCCCUGGAUCCCACAGAGCUCUGCGGAGACACUCUCAAACAAGCUGAAGAAGAUGUGGUGUCCAUGGCUGAUUCCACCAUCACUGUGGAGGACAUCGAGGGAGAGCUGUUCAAAAUCGAGAGGAUAAAGGAUGCCCUGGUCCGAAAAGAGUCCGAGCUCAGAUAUAUGACGGAUGACAUCCAGUUGUGUAAGGAGAUCACAAGGCUCAAAAAAGAACUCCAGAAAUUGGUUUCCAUCCCAGACAAAGACAAGUCAAAUGAGGACAGACAGCGUGAGGAAGAGCUACUUCAGCAGAUCCAGAAGCUGGUGGAGACGCGGGACUUUCUAGUGGACGACAUGGAGUUUGAGAGGCUCAGAGAGCGAGAAGAGGACAAAGAGAUGGCUGACUUCCUUCAGACCAAAUUUCCCAGCAGGUGCAGCAUGAAAAGUCAUACCAAGGACAAGAGAAUGAUGUCCAGAGCCCAGCAGACGUCGUCCCCGUACGUGACCAAGACAGGUGUCACCCUGCUGAAAGAGUGCUGCGGCUUCACCUGCUCCAUCAUGUAGAUACGUGAAUGUAAAUCAGGAGAGAGUGAUUAGUAAACAAGCCCCCAGAUCUGUGAUUCAGCACAAUAUUUUCAAGCACUCUUUCACGUUACAUUUCAGAACAGACGGCAGAGCAUGAGCGCCAAACAUGCACAUGCACUGAUGUGCAUAUUAUGAAGAAUUAUUGCAUUAACCUAAUCGAGGAGUCCCAGAAUUAGCGCUGUGAUUAGAUGGUACGGUGUAGUUUUAAAGGCACAGUUCACCCAAAAAUUAGAAUUCUGUUAUCAUUUACGCACCCGUAAUCCAUACCUGUAUGAGUUUUUCUAUUCUGCCGAACACACACAAAAAAUAUAUAUAUUUUGAAGAAUGUUGGUAACCAAACAGUUUUGGUUCCCGUUGACUUCCAUUGUAUUUUUUAUGACAAGGACUAAAAUGGUAAGGAUACCAGUUUUCUUCAAAACAUAUUCCUCUGUGGUUCACAGAAGCAAGACAUUCAUACAGGUCUGGAUGAGGGCGAGUAAACUGUGACAGAAUUCUCAUUUUGGGUGAACUCUUCUUUCAAAGCAGACUAAUGUCAGGCUCAGCUGCAGAAUUCCCAAGAGCUGUUGUUAAGCUCUUGCUCUUGCUCCACAUUAUUUCCUCUUAUUUCCUCCCUUCCUUCCUUCUUGCAAAAGACUAAAUUAUCUGUUGUGGAGUUGCAUCACCAGCCAACCACAAUGAAUGUCACCAAAAACACUGACAUUUUCCUUGGGUUUUGAAGGAAUAGUUCCCCUAAAAAUGAAGAUUCUGUCAAUAUUUGAUGAUAGGGAGGGCGAUAAGGAUCUGCUCUGUCCAAAAUCUCUCCAGUUAGGCUAGAAACUGAAGUUUGCUAAAGUUCAUAUGGAUUCAGUGCAGAGCAGGGUUAUGGUACUUCACCAAAAUUGAAGCCAAUUUUUGAAUACAAAAUAAAAACCAUUUUCAUUACUUGAAAUAAAGUAAAUGUUAACUAACAUGAAAUCAUGUAUAUAAAAAAUUUAUUAAAUCAAAUCAAAUUACUAUAAAUUUAUUAUAAUAAAAAUAUUAAUUAUUUCAUAGUAAUAAGGGAUUUGAGGUGUAGUAAUAAACCUUUACAAAUGUUUCAUAUGCUUGUAGUACUGAGGAGUACUAGCAUGUUUAAUUAUUAUUUUUUUUUUUUUAAAUGAUGGUGUACAAUUAAACAGCAGAGAUUGCCAGAAGAUCUGCUUACUAAUUAGUGAAUGUGGACCUUUGCUUCUGACUUCUACCUUCACAGAUUUCAUCUUCAUAUGCAACUAUGACGCUGAUGAAAGUUGUAUAGUUUUGUGGUGCCCAAUAUGUAUCUUGACAUAAUACAAAUGCAGUUGGAAAGUUAAAACAUAUAUUUAUAUAUUUUACAAUUUUAGUUGAUUUUCAAAUUUAAUAAGGAAAUGCCUUUAUCUUUCUCCACUGUAAUGUGCUUUAGUAUUAAUAACAUUAUUUAUAUGUACAAAUUGUGUACACUACUGUUUAAAAGUUUGGGGUCAGUAAGAUUUUUUUUUGGAUGAAUACUUUUUCAGCAAGCUGCAUUACAGUGUCAGUGAAGAUGUUUAUAAUGUACGUAACAAAAUAUCUCAGUAAAACAUCACAGUUUCUGCAAAAAUAUUAAGCAGUACAGAAGGCUUGUUGCAGAACAUGGUGCUGUAAAUUCAGCUUUGCAACAUUUUAAAACCUAAGAAAAUGCAAAGAAUUAUCUUAAAUUGUAAUAAUAUUUCACAGUAUUAUUGAUGUACUGUAUUUUUGAUCAAAUAAAUGCAGCCUUGGUGAACAUAAAGAUAUUUUUAAAAUAUUACCGACCCCAAACACCAGAAUGGUAGUGUAUUUGUGAUGCAUCGUAUUAACUAAAGAGUUCAUGCAAAAAAAAAAUUAUCUGUUUUUCUUUGAAAAAGUAAUUAAAUUGUGAAGCUGGUGAUAACUGUCUAUUAAUAUGUGCAGCAUCAAAAUAUUGAAAUAUAAUGCUCACAAACAUACUUGACAUGUGCUUCUUAGCUGUGCAGGAAUUUAUUUAUCUUCUGUUGUUAUUUUCAUUGCUCUAAAUGAUAUUUUUCCACUAAUGAAUAUAAAAGAAUUAUGAUGAAUGAAUCGAUGCUUCAUUGUCUUUCAGUGGACAGCUAAAUAUACUACAGACACGUAACAUUAUCUUUUAUUUAAAAAAU